UCCCAUCCUCGAAAACCAGACAUGAAUUCUACCAGCGGUUUUCUCAUAGCGGUUUUGCUGCUGACAGCCGUUUCCGCCUCCGACUCGGCCCAGCCCGAGUCGGACUCGUUUUACUCCUCCGAGCUGAAGAAAUCGCCCACAGGAAGCGGAAAAGGCGGAAACGGAGGUGGCUUCUUCACCCCCGGUGGCGGUUUCACCGUACCGGGCUUCGGCACCGUGCCAGGUUUCGGCAAGGGCAUCAGCGGCGGAUACGGCGCCGGCUAUGGCGGGCCCUCCGGCGGAUACUCCCGCGGUGGGAUCGUACGUCCAACGGUGACCUGUACGGAGCGCGGGCCCUGCUACAAGAAGAAGCUGAGGUGUCCGGCGAAGUGCUUCACGUCGUAUAGCCGAUCCGGCAAGAACUACGGCAGCGGGGGCGGUGGCGGCGGUUGCACCAUGGAUUGCAAGAAGAAGUGCGUGGCCUACUGCUAGGAUGCACGGUUUUCCGGUGGUCGGGAUACUGGAAAGUGGUUUAGGUAUAUCUAGUAUGAGCGGUAUUUUGUUUAGAUACAUGUGUUAUGUACAUGUAGAUGGUUUGGAUGUGACGGUUGUUUUUGCUUAAGACUGAUAAAAUAAAAAGGGUAUUUUAGUAA